AUGGAGUCCAGUCCCAAUCCCGGAGCUAAAGCAUCCGGAACAAAUAGUCGACCUUCCAGCAAAGAUGGAUCUAAGAAGAACAUCUGGUCAUCUUUGCUCGAUGGCGCCGCGAAUGGCAAGCGCCUUCCAGAGAAGAAUUUGCUCGUACUAGGUGGCACACUGGAGAGUCAAAGAGAAUUCCUGGAAACAUUCUCAGCGGAUACCUCAUCUGAGCCCGGCCCAGGCAACGAUAAGAGGAAGCGAAGGACACCUCCAAUUGCCAAUCAGUUUGCCCUAGGAUACACAUAUCGAGAUGUGCUCGAUGCCGACCAAGAAGGUACUGCAAUCCUCUCCAGCCUGAUAUGCUCUGUAGCUUACAACAAGCGCAUAGACACACUUGCUCGGGUGUCGGCGUACCUCCUAUCUGAACCCUCACCGUCUUUUGCUCCGCUCCUGAAGCCGCUGUUGACUCCCCAAUCUGUGCCGGAAACACUUGUGGUGAUCCUUCUAGAUUGGUCGAACCCAUGGACGUGGAUUCGAAGACUUAGAGCGUGGGUUCGCCUGCUUCGUUCAGUGCUUGUAUCGCUUGACGACCAGACCAAGAUCGUCAUGGAGGAAACUAUGACAGAGUGGCGGGACCGCAAGCGAGGUCUGGAUGCUCACUCAGCAGGAACAGGAGGGAUAUCGAGCUCUGGAGGAAGCGUCGCCAUUCCUUUGGGCCCCGGCGAGUGGGAUGAAGGCUUGGGAAUUCCAAUGUGUGUCGUUUGUCAAGGGGCGGAUAAAAUUGAGAAACUCGAGAAAGAUCACGGCUGGCACGAAGAGCAAUUUGAUUUUAUCUUGCAGCUCUUGAGAACCAUUUUGCUAAAGCAUGGCGCCUCGCUCAUCUACACUACCCCUUUUCACGCAAAUUCUCUACAGAGUCUGAUUCAUUCUUCGCUUGGUAUCCACUCGCUACUGAAGCGACAGUCACUGAAACACAAUGUCAUCGACCGCGACAAGAUCUUAGUACCUGCGAACUGGGAUUCCUGGGGCAAAAUUCGCAUCAUACGUGAAGGGUUUGACAUGGAAGGUGUCUCCACCGCCUGGUCAAUUGAGAUUCAAGACGCGCCUGAACCCCUUGAAAACUCCUCAACGACAGGCCAGGAAAGCGACGAUGGCGAAGAAGGCACCAGCGCGGUCGCCAUCUUUGAACAGACCAUUCAAGAUCCCAAACGGGACAUGGGCAUCGCGCUUCCUACCUCUACCACUGGAAACCAAAUCGAGGUCGAGACUUCGGACAUGCAAGCCUUCCUGGCGAGGCAAGUGGAGAUCCUCGAGCAGCUCCGCGAAGAAGAUGACAAGGAGCGGUCCAGCAAGCCCACGCCACAGCUAGACAUGUCACCGAUGGAAGACGAGGGCAGAGUCAACGAACAUAUCGGACCAGUGCAAUUCAACAUGGGUGGUAUUCAAGUCGACGCAGAAGACAUGCUGAAGAAGCUGAAGGAUCGAGAAGCCAGCCGCGCUCAAAAGAAGGACCCCGUCCCCAGCAAUCCAGGCGAUGAAAAAGCUCACAAUCAAGCUCUGGCCAAUUUCUUCGCUGGUCUCGUCAAGAAACCAGGCUCCAGUCCUCGUGGCAGUCCGUCCGCUUGA